AUGGCGAUAGAUUAUGACAUCAAUCCCCAGCGCGAUCUUGACGACGGAACGUACGCUGCUUUGCCCGGUACAACUCCCGGCGAGUAUGUGCAGCAGAAUGCAACCCCCAUGAAGGGAAGAAUGAAGAAGGACGCUGAAGGAUGCCACCCUUCGAGAUGGAUUCAUGAGCUGUUGAAUAACAAGUUCACCACUUGCGAUCUCUUCGACCGAGCCCGAGCUGCUAAUUUGAAGACGCCGUUCGCAUGGCAGCACACUCACCGCCUCAUGAUCAAUGGAAACCAAAGCUUCUUCUCAAACACAAACCGACUAUUGUCGUCGGUAUGCCUGGACUGCCACUUCCACUUUGUGUUCAAGAUGUCAUGGAGCGAGGAACAUGCUGGGCAGGUGUGUAGUCCCCGCCAAGCCCGCUGGCCCGUCCGAGAUGCGCAGUUCCCUUGGCAUCACCUUGUCUGGGCUGGGUCAGACACGGAUAUGAACUUGGGUAAGGAAAAUUCCAAGUACUAUCCUAUUCUCGCCCGCGAGUACUUCGUCUGCUCGGCACCGCCAUGCACAUUUCAAGUUACUCUUGAAAUCUCAGAACCUCGCAUGGCGUCUUGGUGGAUUGAUCUGCUUCUUGACCACGAUACCAUCCGGCAGACUCUGCGCCACGCGAAGGAGCAGGACCCAGAGCGCUAUGCAGUAGCAACAGAGGACUGGGCGGAACAGGCGCCUAUGAACCUCAACACGUACCUUAAGAAUCUGCUUGAGGCAACGUCACCUGAGAAGCCGCGGAGCAUAUCUAAGAGAAAUAAGCGGUUCUCUGUUCUAUUUGGACCGCGCUGCUUCUCCAUCUUCAGAGAGUUGGAGUUUGGAGAGACAAAGGAUGAGCAGGAUGGAAUCGACGGAGGGUCAUUCACCCCUCCAUUACCGUCACCCCCAGGUGGACCAUUUGGAUCAACCGAAACCGGAACGUACCGAGGAUUUAUUGAGGAUGUCAGAUCCGAAGUUCAGUGCAUCAUCCACAGAAGUGGCGAGCCCGCCGAGCUUUGUACUCCUGGCCUUCACGCAGACCUGGGAUGCGUCGAAGUGAACAACACCAAUGACAGCCAUUUGAUUAACAUCCAACGAUACACGUUGCUUGGCGUUCUUCCAAACCAGCCCAAGGAGAUCGUGGUAAACGCCUACAAGCGACAGUGGGAGCUCUUGCCCAACAAACGAAAGGAGCUUAUCGAUGCCCUCAUGGGGAUUGCCAAUGACCUGAAUGACGAGCAACUCGCUGACUACGCUGCCACUCAAUCUUCUGUGUUCGACAGUCAACUCCCGACGCAAUCUAGCAACGACGACGAUGGGAUAGUUGCCCAAGCGUUGGCUUUUCUUGGCUUGCAGCCUCCUAACAAAUACAACGCCGAAACGCUGGUUGCAGCAUUCCGCCAGAAGCUGUCCCAAGAGCCCAAGAUGGCCAACAGCGCCCGUCAAAUGCUUCUCAUGAUUGCCCAGGCUUCCACAGACGACACAUACCAAGCAAUUCUGCUCAUGGAAGCCAAUGGAAAGAUGUCUGUCGCGACGGCAAAGGCAGUCCUGGGGAUGAAGGAAGACAGUAAUUUGGGACCCGAAGUCAUUGCGGCUGCCAGGACCAAGAUUGCAUUGAGCAACGACAAGGAAGAAAAGGCAACCUAUUUGGAUGCUCUCGAGGCGAUUGCGGAUCUCACAAACGCAACAGACCUCAAGCAGCUUGUUGCCGUUCAACGCCAAGAAAACGGAAUCGAGAUUCCAAAGGGAAGCUCUGUUCCGGAUGCCUCAGGUCGGCCAGCCAAUUAUGACUUGCCUGUCGGCCUAGAGAACAUCGGCAAUACUUGUUAUCUGAACAGUCUUUUGCAGUAUCUCUUCACUGUCAAACCCGUUCGAGAUAUUGCGCUCAACUACGAAAACUUCAAAUUGGAGUUGAAUGACGAGAGUAUCAAACAGCGAUUGCUGGGCGGAAACAAGAUGCAAAUGGACCUUGCCCAAGAGCUCUCUGAUCUAUUCAACAAUCUCGAAACGUCAGACAAGGUCGCGACUCGACCCUCACAGAGGCUAGCCAACGCUGUCCUCUUGUCUACUCACACCCUUCUCAAUGAUUCAAAGCCGGCUGAGCCCGUUGCAGGGCCCAAGCCACCACCUCUUCCCGCUCGUCCGCCUCCUGAGCCUCCCGCCAAGAGCUCCGGCGAUGUGGAGAUGGCGAACGGAGCUGUUAAGGAGGAGCGCGAUCCAGUUGAAACGGCUAGUACCGUAAGCUCGCAGACGCUGGUCGAGGAUGGCUCUGAUCAUUCGUACGAGAAAGUCGAAGUCCCGUCGGCAGCGACUGACGACCAAACUACGGAUACGGUGAUGGCUCUCGAAGAGGGCGACUCCCCUGCUGACACUGUUCGGCCAAGUCUCAAGAGCACUGAAACCUCCGAGACAAUCAUCAAAAGUACUGAUGGAACCGCCAAUGGAGAGCAAAACGCCGAUGUCAGUAUGGCUGAUACCGACGAGCCGCAAACAGUGGACAGUAAAGUCUUGACUGCCCUAGAACAUCAGAAGAGAUCGUCGGGCACUGAUCAGCAGGACGUGGAGGAGGUGAUGGGGAGCAUUCUCAACCGACUCCAAGCAGCUAUCCGGCCAUCAUCUGUCGACGAAUCAACUGGAAUUCAGUUGGAAAAGAUCAUGGAGACAUUCUUCGUCACGACAAUCAACUAUACCAAGAAGUUUGACGACAAGACCUAUCAGAAGGAGAUCAGCUUUGACCGGUCCAUCACCGCAUUCCCAGCUCCGGAGGGGUCUUGUUCGCUGUAUGACGCCUUGGGCCGAAACUUUGACCAGCAAAUCAUCGAGGAAAGCAAGCUCUCACGAUACACAGCGAUCAAGACGCUCCCACCUGUGCUCCAUGUUCUUAUUCAACGGUCCCAGUCCAUGGGCAGCAAGAAUGGCAAUCCUGUAGAAAUACCCGAGACGCUAUAUCUGGACCGGUACAUGGAUGCUCCGCACGACUCACCCACCUUCCAACAGAGGGUUCAAAGCUGGGCGGUUGCCAGCAGAAUAUCAGACUUGAAGGCGCAGAAGGCUCGAGUGGAAGCCGUCAUUCCCACGGGGCCGUUCCUCGAGUCCUGUGGAGAAGAGGAGCGCACGCCCAUUGUCAAUUCGUCUUGGGCUGAGGAUGACACGAUGGAGGAUGGCGUCCUUGAUUUUGAGAGAGAAGAGAAUUGGGACUUUGAUGGCCCAGUGGAUGACGAUUUCCUUCUUGUAUCCCAUCCAACCAACGAGGUGCCGCCCACUACCAAGGUCCCUGUCAAGCCACAGGGCAUCGAGUCGGCUGAACGCACCGUUCGGGAGAUGAUGAGCGAUGAGCUGCGCCAGAGGGAGGAGGACCUUGAGAAACACCACGCCGGGCUUAAGAACAUCCCGUAUCGACUACAUGCCGUCAUCUGUCACCGAGGCCAGCUGAUGUCUGGUCACUACUGGGUAUGGAUACACGACUUCGAGCAGGACGUGUGGCGCAAGUACAACGACUCCAACGUGGACGUGAAGCGCAACACAGACGAAGUGCUUGCAACCUUGAGCACCAGUGGCGAACCCUACUUCCUCUGCUACGUUCGAGACGAGGACAAGGAUACAUACGUGAAUGUUCCUAGACGACAAAGACCGGAACAAACCACGGAUGCCGACGGUGACGUUGUUGUUGCCAACAGCGAACCUACCCCUGCAGUUGAGCAUACACAGGACUUUUCGCCCCCAUUCGGGCCACAGAAGAGCGACUAG